AUAGGCAUAUGUUUUCAGAUUAUGUAAAUACAUGUAACUUCAUUUUUAAUUAAGAAGUAUGGGCAAAAUGGGCUAUUUCUUCCUUUGAUAUAUCGUGGUGAAUCGUUCAUUUUCGUUGUUGUGACGGAGACUGCCGAAAAUUCGCCAUAGGAUUUCUAGCUAGUGCAUACAUUAAUCGCUGUUCUGGUCAAGAAGGCCAAAUAGCGACAAGCGUCAUGUUGCGUUUGCCAGCCGUUAGCCGCGCGCUAGCUGGGGCAGCCAAGGGCAGCCUGGUCCCCUCCAACAAUGUGCGUACCUCAGCAAGAGCUGCCAGUAACAUGGUGGAGGUGUUUGUUGAUGGGAAACCAUUGGAGGUGCUGCCUGGAACCACAGUGCUGCAGGCCUGUGAGAAGAUGGGGGUGCAGAUUCCUCGAUUCUGCUACCACGAGCGCCUGUCUGUGGCUGGGAACUGCAGAAUGUGUCUGGUGGAGAUCGAGAAAGCCCCAAAGCUGGCGGCGGCGUGCGCCAUGCCAGUGAUGAAAGGCUGGAACAUCCUGACCAACUCAGAGAAGACCCGCAAGGCCAGAGAGGGAGUGAUGGAGUUCCUGCUGGCUAACCACCCUCUGGACUGCCCCAUCUGUGACCAGGGAGGAGAGUGUGACCUUCAGGACCAGUCCAUGCAGUUUGGUUCAGACCGCAGUCGUUUCUCUGAGGACAAGCGGGCCGUGGAGGAUAAGAACAUUGGACCACUCAUCAAAACCAUCAUGACCCGCUGCAUCCAGUGCACACGCUGCAUCCGUUUUGCCAGUGAGAUUGCAGGUGUAGAGGACCUGGGUACCACAGGCAGAGGGAACAACAUGCAGGUGGGAACGUACGUGGAGAAGAUGUUCAUGUCCGAGAUGUCAGGAAACGUCAUCGACAUAUGUCCAGUAGGAGCCCUCACCUCCAAACCAUACGCCUUCACCUCACGACCCUGGGAGACCAGGAAGACUGAGUCUAUAGAUGUGUUGGAUGCAGUAGGCAGUAACAUCAUUGUGAGUACGCGUGGUGGAGAGGUGAUGAGGGUUCUGCCCCGCCUGAACGAAGACAUCAACGAAGAGUGGAUCUCAGACAAGACCAGGUUUGCGUAUGACGGUCUGAAGCGCCAGAGGCUGACCCAGCCUAUGGUGAAGGACGCGUCAGGACAGCUGGUCCCCACAUCCUGGGAGGACGUACUCACACGCGUGGCCGGAGCAUUGCAGGGGGCCCAGGGCAGUGACGUGGCAGCCAUAGCUGGAGGUAUGGUGGAUGCGGAGGCUCUGGUGUCUCUGAAGGACCUGCUCAACAGACUGAACAGUGACAACCUCUGUACUGAGGAGGUCUUCCCACAUACUGGGGCUGGCUCUGACCUGCGUUCCAACUACCUGCUGAACUCUCGGAUCAGUGGCAUUGAGGAAGCUGACCUGCUGCUACUUAUAGGAACCAACCCUCGCUACGAAGCCCCGCUCUUCAAUGCACGCGUCCGCAAGAGCUGGUUGCAUAAUGAGUUGAAGGUGUCUGUGGUGGGGAGCAGUGCGGAUCUGAGUUACACUUACGACCACCUGGGAGAGUCUACUCAGGUGCUGCAGGACAUCGCUAACGGAACACACCCCUUCUGCCAGGUGCUGGCGCAGGCCAAGCGACCGGUAGUGGUGGUGGGUAGUGCCUCUCUUCAGAGGGAGGACGGAGGAGCCAUCUUGAGCUCUGUGCAAACCAUCGCCCAGAACGCUCGGGCCAGCAGCGGAGUGGAUGAGGGCUGGAAGGUCCUCAAUGUCCUACACAGGGUAGCCAGUCAGGUGGCAGCCCUGGAUCUGGGCUACAAGGCGGGGGUGGAGUCUAUCCGUAAAGCCCCGCCCAAGGUUCUGUUCCUGCUAGGAGCUGACGGAGAAUGCAUCACCAGACAGGACCUGCCCAAAGACAGCAUGAUCAUCUACCAGGGUCACCAUGGAGACGUGGGUGCUACCAUGGCUGACGUUAUCCUGCCCGGCGCGGCGUACACGGAGAAGAACGGAACAUACGUCAACACAGAGGGGAGGAGUCAACAGACACGCGUGGCCGUCACCGCGCCCGGCAUGGCCAGGGAGGACUGGAAGAUCAUCAGAGCCAUCUCUGAGCUGGCGGGGCUGACUCUACCCUAUGACUCUGUGGAUGAGGUGAGGGGCCGGCUGGCCGAGGUUUCUCCUAACCUGGUCCGCUACGACGACGUUGAGGAGGCCAACUACUUCAAACAGGCCAACCAACUCUCACAGGCUGUGAAUCAGACUCUUCUAGCAAAUCCUCUCGUUUCUCCUCAGCUGACAGCUAAAGACUUCUAUAUGACAGAUCCCAUCAGUAGAGCGUCUCAGACUAUGGCCAAGUGUGUUAAAGCCGUCACAGAGGGAGCUGACGCCGUCGACGAACCAUCCAUCUGCUGAACUCAUACGCACACACUCAGACAGCCAAACGCACAGACACAGUGAUGACGCUCUCCUUUAUUUAAGUAGUUUUUUGCUGAUUGCUGUAAAGAUGUAAUUUCCACACUGAGUUCAAGGGAAGAGACUGUUGAAGAAAAUGAAACUUGAUUAUGAAUAAAAUCUUAUCCUGUA